AUGUUUAUCUAUCUAUCUAUCUAUCUAUCUAUCUAUCUAUCGAUACAUACAUAUAUAUGUAUACAUGCAAAUGAACUUGGACAAUAUUUUAAAGUGUUUCUCUUGAUGUCUGUCUUUUCUUUUCUGUUUCUGUUUUCUUAUCUCUUUUUUUCUCAUUUUUUGUUCUUUUUUGCUGUUUCCUUUGUUUAUCGUAUGUUUCAUCCUUCUCUUUUUCCUUUGUUGCUUGAUGCUGUUUUUAAAGUUUCUCUGCUUUGCAUUAUUCCCUCAAUGCUUUUUUAUCUUCCUGCUUUCCUUUUACUCUUUCCCUUUUGCUUAUUAAACUUUUAUCCCGCUCUUGUUUUUGCUUUCAAUAUGGAAUGUCCUUUUCGUGCAUAUUCUCUAUCUUUUUUGUACUUUCUAUUCUAUUUCUUUUUCUUACUCUUUCCUUGUUUGCUCUCUUUUAUUGCAUUUACAGUUCAAUCCUCAUAUAAAUGUCUCUUGUGA